AUGGAGGAGGGCGGCUCCGGCGAUGUCCCACCGGCGGAUCCACCUCGUGCGCGCCCCAGCACGGCGUCCCGGCUGGUCUCGGGGCUGUCCGCCGCACACGCUGGGCUGGGGGCGGCGAGGCUGGCCGAGCAGCGCGCGGCGUUGCAGGGCAACGGCGCAGGGCAGGGCGCUGGGAGGCAGGACGGCGAGCAGCUGCAGUGCAGGUUCCAUGCUGUAUCUGAGCAUCGAUGCUCACAUUGCAAUUCAAAGCAAACUGAAGUACUGCCCCUCACGUGGCAAUGGACUGAUGUUUCGAGCCUCAUCUACACUGUGGCCUGCUGUAAUGUAUCUCAUGACCUGGCGGACGCAGGAAUCCAUGGAGCUUGCCGAAUCGCCGUCGCUCGUCCCUGCCUCGGCACGCAUCGCUGCAACGGUGUUGCUUGGAGGCUAGCACGGCGGCACCGGCGGAUCCGUGGCAAGCCGACAACCUCCACGCUUGCUCUGCUGGUGUGCUCGCUACUCACGCUCGGUGUGGCCUGUGGAGGGCGAUGCCGGGACGUGCGGUCGGACGCCACCGAAGCCCCGCGGUAG